AUGGAACAUAGAAGAUUGCGCAAAGGGCCGCUGCCUGGAGGUCGUCAGGGCGCGUCUGGAGCUGGCGCUGGACGCGACAGCAUGCGAACCGCCAGCCGAGCGCGAGGUGCUGCACGACCACCCAGCAGCCCCUCGCAUCCAUCAUCCCCACCAGCUUGCUUGGUGUCGGCAGGGUCUUCGCAGGCCCAGCAAUCGGCACCCGCCACUGGUGGAGUACGCCGCAUGCGAUGGACCAUCAAUAUGAAUUCAAACGCAUUGCGGGCGUAUUUUAGGGCGAAAGGGGGAGAAAUUGGAGGUUUCGCGUAUCGGGCUAGGAUGCAUCGUCUUUUUACUGAGCUGGAGCCAUCUAUUACUGUCACCGAGCAAAACCUGGCAGACCGAGUUCGGUAUAUCUUACGCUCAAAUAUAUUUGAUGGCGCCGAACUCGAACGGCUACGACGUGAGGCUGUUCCCUCAUCAAAUGAAAACGCUACGACUGAGGGUGCGGUGCCACAAGUUGCAGAACAACCCGCACACGUGGAUGCCGCCGAGAAUACCCCAGUGGUUGCUGAUUCAAAUGAUGAUGGAACAUUCACCCAGGAACUAGAAAUAGAGCAAAUGAGGAGUACAUUGGAAGAGGCGAUUAUGGAAACGCGCAGUACGCCUCUCGAAAAUCGACCGCGACUUCCCCGCAUAGCCCUAAGCAAGCGGAAUCGGGCUGUCGUGAGGGCUCUGAACCCAAUGCUGGUGACCUAUUUGGAAGCCAGCCGGGACCUUUGCGAGACGGACUCAAUUCUCUUUGGCGCCGCACUGGCAGUCUGCCGUAUUAUAGGCGCCAAACUUUCCACGGCUGGACGCACUACUGGACAAAGUAGUGCUAUCCCAGCCUGGAGAACAAGAAUUGAAGAACGUAUCGCAAAGGCUAGGGCCCUCAUCGGCAGACUGAUAUGCUUCAGGUCAGGCAAUACCAGGCCAAGGAUUGUGCGCACCGUCAGGAUGGCGUUUGCUGGGACAAAUGUUAGUUUGUCCCAGCCGGAUAUAAUGCAAAAACUGACGGAGCGCAUAGACGACCUGAAGCAGAGAAUCGCUGCUUGGGGAAAGCGAAUUCGGCGAUAUACCGAGAGGUCGACACGGUUCAACCAGAAUCGUCUCUUCCAGAGUGAUCAGAAGAGGCUCUAUAAAUCAUUGGAGCGACCAAUGGUAAGUGGAACGGGCCCAGUACCGAAUCAGGCCGACACGGUCGCAUUCUGGCGCAGCCUGUGGUCAGAGCCCGUAAACCACAACGAGGGCCCUUGGACGGAAGUUGUGGCGAGUCAGUGUGCGGGUAUUACGCCCAUGGACCCCGUCACCAUAACGCCGGAUGACGUAGCUGAGGCGGUCCGUAGGGCCCCGAACUGGAAAAGUCCGGGACUCGACGGGCUGCAUCACUACUGGCUGAAGGGGUUCGUGGGAAGAAAUAAAAUAAAAACUGAAAAGAAAGUAGAUGUAUUUUGGACUAAACUUAGUAAAUGGAGUGAUCUGACAGAAAACAAGCCUUUCAGCGAUAUUUACCAAUUCGCGUUGGAUUGUCUCGUGCUUCCACACGCAAACGCAGAUUGUGAACGAAUAUUUAGUAAGAUCAAUCUUACCAAGUCAAGGACUCGGAACAGACUAGUAACAGGAACUAUUGAUGAAAUCUUACUGUCAUGCGUUGCAAUAAAACGCAACAAAAGAGAUAGUCGGUUCAAAAUCAUUGCAAUUGCCAUUGCACUUGAUUUUGAACCGAUGGAAGAAAUGUUACAAAGAGCCAAUAAUAAAAGUAAUGACGGAAUGCAAAAUAUUGACCAAGUUGCAGAAAUUGAUAUAAAUAUACUAUAA